AUGUUGCUCUUUGACCCCAGGUGUGAAUCAAUCAAGAAACAAGACAGAGGCAGAGACUCAAGCCAGAAACAAGACAGAGGCAAAGACUCAAGCCAGAAACAAUACAGAGGCAGAGACUCAAGCCAGAAACAAGACAGAGGCAGAGACUCAAGACAGAAACAAGACAGAGGCAGAGACUCAAGACAGAAACAAGACAGAGGCAGAGACUCAAGACAGAAACAAGACAGAGGCAGAGACUCAAGCCAGAAACAAGACAGAGGUAAAGACUCAAGCCAGAAACAAGACAGAGGCAAAGACUCAAGCCAGAAACAAGACAGAGGCAGAGACUCAAGCCAGAAACAAGACAGAGGCAGAGACUCAAGCCAGAAACAAGACAGAGGCAGAGACUCAAGCCAGAAACUAGACAGAGGCAAAGACUCAAGCCAGAAAAAGGACAGAGGCAGAGACUCAAGCCAGAAACAAGACAGAGGCAGAGACUCAAGCCAGAAACAAGACAGAGGCAAAGACUCAAGCCAGAAACAAGACAGAGGCAAAGACUCAAGCCAGAAAGAAGUCAGAGGCAGAGACUCAAGCCAGAAACAAGACAGAGGCAGAGACACAAGCCAGAAACAAGACAGAGGCAGAGACUCAAGACAGAAACAAGACAGAGGCAGAGACUCAAGCCAGAAACAAGACAGAGGCAGAGACUCAAGCCAGAAACAAGACAGAGGCAAAGACUCAAGCCAGAAACAAGACAGAGGCAGAGACUCAAGCCAGAAACAAGACAGAGGCAAAGACUCAAGCCAGAAACAAGACAGAGGCAAAGACUCAAGCCAGAAACAAGACAGAGGCAGAGACUCAAGCCAGAAACAAGACAGAGGCAGAGAGUCAAGCCAGAAACAAGACAGAGGUAAAGACUCAAGCCAGAAACAAGACAGAGGCAAAGACUCAAGCCAGAAACAAGACAGAGGCAGAGACUCAAGCCAGAAACAAGACAGAGGCAGAGACUCAAGCCAGAAACAAGACAGAGGCAGAGACUCAAGCCAGAAACAAGACAGAGGCAAAGACUCAAGCCAGAAACAAGACAGAGGCAAAGACUCAAGCCAGAAACAAGACAGAGGCAGAGACUCAAGCCAGAAACAAGUCAGAGGCAGAGACUCAAGCCAGAAACAAGACAGAGGCAGAGACUCAAGCCAGAAACAAUACAGAGGCAGAGACUCAAGCCAGAAACAAGUCAGAGGCAAAGACUCAAGCCAGAAACAAGACAGAGGCAAAGACUCAAGCCAGAAACAAGUCAGUGGCAAAGACUCAAGCCAGAAACAAGACAGAGGCAGAGACUCAAGCCAGAAACAAGACAGAGGCAGAGACUCAAGCCAGAAACAAGACAGAGGCAAAGACUCAAGCCAGAAACAAGACAGAGGCAAAGACUCAAGCCAGAAACAAGUCAGAGGCAGAGACUCAAGCCAGAAACAAGACAGAGGCAGAGACUCAAGCCAGAAACAAGUCAGAGGCAAAGACUCAAGCCAGAAACAAGACAGAGGCAAAGACUCAAGCCAGAAACAAGACAGAGGCAUAGACUCAAGCCAGAAACAAGACAGAGGCAGAGACUCAAGCCAGAAACAAGACAGGCAGAGACUCAAGCCAGAAACAAGACAGAGGCAGAGACUCAAGCCAGAAACAAGACAGAGGUAG